CACUGCGGCCGCGGCGGCGACUGAGAAAAACAGCUGUCGUUUUCGCUCUUGCGCUUUGUGCAAUCAUCGUCGCGAUAUCGGCUAUCCGACACCAUAUUCCGCGCGACACAAAGUCUUUAUUACAAUUAAUAUAGUUGUGUGUUUUUGUGUCACUGUGUGCCCGCGCGCGAGUAAAGUGUGCAGUGUUUCGCGUAGGCAGAGUGAGUAUUAUUGCACAGUAUACACGGCGCGGUGUCGUAUCCCUUUGUUUAUCCGUGCGACUGUAUAGUAGCAUGACGUUUCGAAUGCAGGAUCAGCAAAGACUACGACGACGCCGAUAAUUUGCCCAGGAUCUUGCUCGAAUCCGAGAUACGGACGGAUCAAUCGUUCGGCUACUAGUCGGACAAUUAUGAUGCACGAUAAAGCGAGGCACGUGAGUCACAAUCAUCAACGAUACACUAGUUGGAAUAGGCCAGCAACAGCAGCCGAGCAAUCCGACAACGAGCUGGCAGUAUUAUUAUGAUCGCCCGCAGUGCUGAGCCAUUUGUUGUUGCUUUUUCCUUUUUUUUUUCGUCGCUGCGUUAUUACUUGUUUUUUGUCAACAAUAUCCGCCGGCCAACGGAGAUCUAGUUUAGUAUAAUAAGCUGCUGCACGAGUGAGCAAGUGUGUUUACGAGAGCUCAGCAGCUGCACAAUGGAGGCUGAUAAGAGCGACUGGAAAUUGCUGUUCGAUGAAACUGCAGCCGCAGUGGCCAUCGAGAUCGAGCAGAAGCAGAAUGACAGUCCCAUGAAGGAGUUGAAGAGCAGUGGCGAUGGUGCACUCAGUACUUGUGUCAUCGCCAUCGAUGGGAUGACAUGCAUGUCUUGCGUCAAUACCAUCACCGACAUGAUGUCAGGCAAGAAUGGUAUUCAUCACAUUGAUGUUAGUUUAAAAGAAAAUCAAGGUAUUUUCAAGUAUGACGAUAAGCUCAUUAGUGCCCAAGAAAUUGCCGAAGCCAUCGAGGAUAUGGGUUUUGAUACGUCUGUCAAGAAAGUUAAUGACGCUGUAUUGGUAGAUACUAAUCAACUUGUUAGUACUGAUCAAAAUACUCCUGUAAAUAAUGUAAAAAAGUCACUGCCUAAAACAGAAAAUAUAGAAAGAUGUUUUCUGCAUAUUGAUGGUAUUACAAAUGCUUCUUGUGUCACUGCUAUUGAAAAACAUUGUAAAAAACUGGUUGGAGUGAAAAAAAUCAUGGUAUCUUCGAUAAGUAGCAAAGCAGAAAUAGAUUAUGAUAGCAAUGAGAUUCGGCCAGUUGACAUUGCAUCUAGUGUGACAGAUUUGGGCUUUCAAUCUAUACUGAUUAAUGAAAAAGGCUCUCAGAUUAAAGAAAUAGAGUUACUUAUUACGGGAAUGACUUGUUCUUCUUGUGUUAGCAAGAUUGAAAAGACUGUCAAACAAUUGAAGGGAGUUCAAUCAGCCAUGGUAUCACUUGUCACUCAAAGAGGUAGAAUAAAUUAUGAUCCAAGUAAAAUAGAUACUACAGAAAUUAUCAAGUGCAUUGAAAAGAUGGGCUUUGGUGUAUCUUCAAAGAGAAACGAUGCCGAGAACAGGCAGUAUUUGGACCACAGACUGCAAAUCAGAAAAUGGAGAACAGCAUUCCUCAUUUCUUUGGUUUUUGGCGCGCCAAGCAUGAUAGCAAUGGCAUAUUUUAUGAUCAAUAUGUCUUCCAUGUCUCCAGAAGACAUGUGCUGCGUUCUACCAGGUUUGUCCAUGGAAAAUUUGAUAUCUUUUAUAUUAUCAACUCCUGUACAGAUUUUUGGUGGCUGGCAUUUCCACGUCCAAGCGUACAAAGCAAUCAAGCACGGGACUUCCAACAUGGACGUACUGAUUUCAAUGACUGCAACGCUAUCGUACAUAUACUCGGUCCUAGUACUUCUGGCAGCAAUGAUCAUGGAAGAGACCACCAGUCCAAAGACAUUUUUCGACACGCCGCCGAUGCUCCUGAUUUUCGUCAGCUUAGGCAGAUGGCUGGAGCACAUUGCCAAGGGUAAGACCUCGGAGGCUCUCUCCAAGCUUCUGUCUCUGCAAGCAGCCGACGCAGUGAUAGUAACCCUGGGACCGGAUCAAGAGAUCCUGACCGAGCGCUUGGUCAAGAUAGACCUGGUGCAGCCGGGCGACAUUCUCAAAGUCAACCAGGGCAGCAAGAUCCCCGUGGACGGCCAAGUAUUCAUCGGCAGCUCGUCGUGCGACGAGAGCCUGAUCACCGGUGAGAGCAUGCCCGUGCCCAAGAAGGAGGGCUCGACCGUCAUCGGCGGCUCGAUCAAUCUGAGCGGGCCGCUGUACGUCAAGGCCACGCACACCGGCGAGAAGACGACCCUGGCGCAGAUAGUGCGUCUGGUCGAGGAGGCGCAGAUGAGCAAGGCGCCGAUCCAGCACAUCGCCGACAAGAUCGCCGGCUUCUUCGUGCCGUUCGUGAUCUCGGUGUCGGUGCUGACCCUCGUCGCCUGGAUCAUCGUCGGCUACGUGGACAUCAAGUACCUGGACCUGAUGUCGGACCCGAUGACGAUGGCCGGUGGCAAUAGCAGCCACAAUCAUACGACAAGCGGCGGUGGUCGGAAUCGCGACGAGAUCAUCUUCCAGAACGCGUUCAGGUGCGCGCUGUCGGUGCUGGCGAUCGCGUGCCCGUGCGCCCUGGGCCUGGCCACGCCCAUCGCCGUGAUGGUCGGCACCGGGGUCGGCGCCGUCAACGGCAUCCUCAUCAAGAGCUCGGACUCGCUCGAGAACGCGCACAAGAUCAACAGCGUCGUGUUCGACAAGACCGGCACCAUCACCAAGGGCGUGCCGAGCGUGACCAACAUCGCCCUGUUCACCGGUAGCAACAGCAGCAGCAGCAGCAGUCCGUUCAACAUCGGCCGUAUACUCGUGAUAAUCGGCAUAGCCGAGCUCAACAGCGAGCACCCGAUCGCGACGGCGAUCGUCGGCUACGUGCGCGAGGCCAUCGAGACCGAGCUGAGCGGCCGCUGCACGAGCUACCAGUCGGUGCCGGGCUGCGGCAUGAAGUGUCGCGUGUCGCACAUCGCCGACACGCUGCGCAGCUGCGCCAAGUCCCUGAAGAUCAGCAGCUUCGUCGACAGCUUGCAGCAGCAGCAGCAGCAGCAGGACAAGACGAGCGAGCGCGCCGCCAAGGAGCUCAACGACGUGCUCAUCGACUUCGCCCAGAUCAGCCCGGAGCAGCGGAUGAACGCGAGGAACGCCGCCGCCGCCGGCGAGGCCGAGUUGACCGGCAGCGACGCCGAGUUCGAGUGCGUCAUCGGCAAUCGCGAGUGGAUGCGGCGCAACGGCGUGGCGAUACCGCGCGACGUCGAGGACACCAUGGAGAGGGAGGAGAGCGUCGGACGCACCGUCGUGCUGGCCGUGAUAGACGGCCAGCUCGCCGCCCUGGUCAGCGUCAGCGACUCGAUCAAGCCCGAGGCCCGACUGGCCGUGUACACCCUGAAGCGGAUGGGCUUCGACGUGACCCUGCUCACGGGCGACAACAAGCUCACGGCCAACGCCAUCGCCAAGGAGGUCGGCAUCGAGCAGGUCUUCGCCGAGGUGCUGCCCAAUCACAAGGUCGAGCGCAUACAGCAGCUGCAGAAGCAGGGCAAGAAGGUGGCCAUGGUCGGCGACGGGGUCAACGACAGUCCCGCCCUGGCCCAGUCCAACGUCGGCAUCGCCAUCGCCGCGGGCACCGACGUCGCCAUCGAGGCCGCGGACAUCGUCCUGAUGCGCAACGAUCUGCUGGACGUUAUCGGCUGCAUCGACCUGUCGCGCGAGACCGUCAAGCGCAUCCGCCUCAACUUCCUGUACGCGAGCCUGUACAAUCUGCUGGGGCUGCCCAUAGCCGCGGGCAUCUUCAGUCCGUUCGGCGUGCGACUGGAGCCCUGGAUGGCCACCGCGGCGAUGGCCCUCAGCAGCGUGUCCAUCGUCGGCAGCUCGCUGCUCCUGAAGAUGUACAAGAAGCCCACGAGGCAGAAGCUCGAGACGGCCGAGUUCAAGAAGCUCGCGCGCUACGACAACAGGACCAGUGGCGCGGUCCUGUUCACGGACGAUCCGCCGCCCCAGCCGGCGGCCAAGACCGGGUCGAUCAACGGCUCGACCCUCAGUCUGUCGCGAUUGAAGUACAAUAACUUGGUUUAGGAUAGCUCCGUGGCUUCGCCAGAGUGAUAAUAUAUACGUUAUAAUCGUAAGAAGAUGAAUUGAGAUAUUUUUUUCAACGAGUAC